UGUACAAUACAUGAAAACAGCAAUCAAGCAAACAUCAAAAUUUUUACAUGAUAAACCUAUGGAUAAUAGUAGUAUGGGCUACUGUCAAUAUACUGAUGAAGCCUCACGAAAUAUUUUCAGCCAGGUUACAAGCAAAAGCUUCUAAAAAUGUUCACGAUUUUCAUACAGCUUUAGACGAAAUUCAGGGAUAUAUUUGGAAAGCUAACAUUCUGAGGCUAAAAAUGAUACUUCUUCACCCUCUUGAAGAUGAUUGCAGGCUAGUACAUGCAGAAUGAACAUCAUUUUCGGAGAUAUGUCAAGGAAAACACGUGGC